UUGUUGACUAUGAUGAUGGCGAUGAAGACUACAGACCACCUCCAAGGAAACAGACUGAAAACUCGGAGGAUGAUGAAGGAAGCAUGGAGUCCCUUGGCUUGAAGCGUAAGUUGACUCCUAAGGAAAAGGAACCUGGGCUAGCUAAGAAGCAGCGUUUGGGUAAAAGCUCUAAACCAAGAGAUAGUGUAUUUGCGGCUUUGUGUUCAACCCUAAGCCAGGCAGUGCUGCCUAGUAAGAAAACCGCAAAUGCCAUGCAUUUAUCUACUCAAUCAGGUGAGGAGAAUCAUAUUGAAAAGGAAUCUGGCAGUCCCAGAAGUUAUGAUAACAAAAGUCCAAACGAGGGCAACCUUAGAGGGAAAGAAUCUCCUAGAAACUGUUCAGAUUACCUGCAUAGCCCUUCAGACAAUAGACAAUUAAGUGGAGAGGAUCCCCGUCCGUUGCUACCAUCAAAGUCAUCACCUGAAAUGGCUGUAAAUGGAUCAUGAGUUGAAUCCCAGAAUCAUUCGUUAUACGCAGGGUAACUUGUUUCCUUGUUUGUUUUAUUUUAGCUAUAGGAUGUGCUUGGUUGACUAAACAAUCUUGGGCUACCAAAGGAAAAGUGAACUCACAAGAAAGAGCCGGAUGCGAAGAAAGCUUGGAAUUCUGAAAUGUUCAUCGGAGGGGAAGAACAUGUAUAGAUCUACCAGGCCUGCCUGAUGCUUUGAGCCGCUCCAUCAACUAAAACAUUGUCUGUUUUAACUUUUUCCCCUUUUUUCCUAUAGAAAAAAAAAGAACUUUUAUUGUUCCAUUUAGAUUUGUGAACUAACUAAUAGAAUGGGGCAGUAAUAUUUCCCCUGCAUAGUAUUAGUACCGGCUUCCUUUUGUUCAUUUUUGUGGUGAGUGUGCCUGUUAUAUACGUAUAGAUAGAGGAGAUGAGAGGAUCUAGGAUGACAAUGGGUGAGGAGGCAAAAUUUUCCCGAACUGUAGCUGAAACCUCAUUUAUAAACCCACUUGUAAAUAGUUAUUCGCAAACUUCACCUUGUAAUUCCGCAUUAAAUCCGCUAAACCCCCCAAUAUACUUGUUUUACUGAUUUGAAGAAUUUUAAUGGAUUGGGCUUUUACUUUUGCACUUAAUCGUUCUAAAAUCUCAAGUUGUUACUAGAAAGUGUACCAUGCAUGGCACUGCAAAUGGAAGAACACGCAACAUUGGGCUUGGCCAGGUAUACGGACUGAAAGAUACGUGGCGAAGAAUAUGAAACAGAGGGUCCCGAGAAUCGCCACGAAAUCCGCCAUAUCUGGUUGCCCAUGCAGGAGAUACGUAAGCCAUUAGCAUCUCUCCCUGAAGAAGUUUUAACGCGAUAGAUCAAGAAGCGUUACGUCAGAAAACCCAAGAAGAAACCAUGAGUGGUAACUCGGAGGCGAAGUCUUUGUUUGAUGAAUUGCGCUUCGAUAAGGGAGAUUUCUUCGACCUGGGACACCCUCUUCUCAACUGGACUGCUCAGAGCUUUGUCAAAACUGCUGGUAUUGGAGCACUUCAAGCUAUCGCCAGGGAGGCUUGUCAUAUAGCUUUUGAAGGAACUGGACCCAUUAAAUCGACUGAUAUCACUGGUGUCAAGAAUAAGAAGCAAGGCUUCCCUGGCCUCAGAGGGGAAACCAGUCGAAAUUCUCUUGAAGCAAUGGUGAAGCACACUGGAAAAGAAUCUCUACAGUGGGGGCUGGCUGCUGGAUUAUAUUCAGGGCUUACAUUUGGGCUAAAAGAGGCUCGUGGAUCUCAUGAUUGGACAAAUAGUGCAGUGGCAGGGGCGAUAACAGGGAUGGCAGUAGCACUGACGUGUGAUAAUACUACCCGCGAGCAGGUUCUGCAUUGUGCCAUUAGUGGAGCUGCUCUUUCUACUGCUGCAAACCUUCUAGACUUCUAAGAAAGAUGAUGAAGUGGAGUAAUGUUUUAAUUUAUGGCUGGCAGUGGCAGGGGCAGGGUCUUUAGACUAAUUUUGUAGAGCAUGCUUUGUUGGAGCUUUCAACUAUAAAGAACGUUAUUUCUAAAUAACAAGUACAUAGCUGUUUUGUUACUCGACAAUCCAAUAGCUGGUUUGGCAUUUUCAUUUCUGUAAUUUCUACUACUCCAAUAGAGCUCGUAGGCUACCUGUUAAACCA